AUGGACGAAGGUCAUGCACUCUUGAGCUCCGAUAAUAUAGAUUUUGAAUUGGCUGAUAAGACCUCAACUAAUGUUGUAGAUCAAGCAAAACACACAAAUGGUACGUCAAAGUAUCUUGUUGUAAAUGACAAGAACAAAUUCAAAUGGAUAGGCCCUUUUGAAGGUCUCAAAAAUUUGAUGAACGAAUUGACCGGCAAAGAAACAAAAUGGUCGUCUCCCGGCGGCUAUUGUAAGUUGCUUGAGCUGAAUGAAGUUGUUGUAAGAUGGUAUUCAGAUAGUAACUCACUUACAAUUAAUGGAAAGUUGUGUGAUGAGUUUAAGACUCAACUUAUUGAUCUCAACAAACAGCUACAGUUAGAAUCCGAAGACACAAAUGCUGCCUGUGUCUCUGGUAAUGGCGAAAUAUCAAUCAACUUUGAUGAGGAAGUAGCAAGUAACGAAAGCGAGAAUCAAAUUUCCAGUGGUCAGUUAAACGAGUAUGAAUCAUUGCUUAAUACCGUAAGAAGCCUUGAGGCGAAGUUGGAAAGUAGGAUAAAUGAUCUCGCAAGCGAAGUGCACGAGACUAGACUAGAAUUACAAGUCGAGAAAAUUGCGCGAGGGAACCUAGAAGCUGAAUACACAGAACUUGCAAGCGAAGCUCUGGAGAUAAGAUCAGAAUUAGAUAUCAGGAACCUCGCAAGAGACGAGAACGAAAUCAUUAAGUCUCGUGACGAAUCAAUAUCUACGGUUUUUAAUAAGGGAUUUCUCGUUAAAGAGAACGCUAGUCUUAAAGAUGAAAAUGCUUUACUUAAACAGCAGAUUAACAACUACAAAUGUAUUACAUCGGACUUGAGAACAAAGGUCAAAGAUUUAGAAAAUGAAAAAGACAGCUUGGUCACCGUCAUUAAAAUUCUACAAAGUGAGCAAGAACAACACAAAACUGAGGCAUUGUCAUCGUGGAAUGUCGUAAACAGACACAAGAAAAGCACUAAAAGCCGAAACGCCUUAGAACAAAAUCCCAGUGGAAAACAUCAACGACACGAUUUGCAAUUACAAAAUCAAUUCAUUGAUCUGAGUGAUUGCGAAAGCGACGGCAACGAAAGCAACACAGAUAUAUCAGCCAAACAUGGAGAGAAGCCAAGGCAAAGCGGAGACAAACCAAACCAACGCCGAAGCGGGCAAAAUAGUCGAAAGAUCGAAAGACGCCAGCAAUCCAAAGGAAACAUACAAGAUCGUCAAUCAAAUUUGGACGAACGGAAAGAUAAAAGCGAACCCAAAGCGACAAAACAAAGGGCAACCUAA